UUUGGCCCAGAGAGGAUGUCUUGACGCGCGUCCGCUCACCACCACACACACUUGCGAAGAGAGUCCCUAGAGAGAGCCGAGCCAGAUCAGUCCAGCCCAGAGUCCAAGGACUCCGCUCCGCAGGCCAAGAACACUACAAAACCAACAAACAGAAAACAGAAAGCGUUGGCCAAGAACCUAGAACCUGAACGCUUCGCUGGAUUUGCAACUGACGAAUUCGACACGCCGCCAAUCCUGGUGACGCAGCGACGCGAUCAGCUCCCGAUUUCAUGGCACUAAUGAUGUCGCGUCGCCCACAACAAAAAAACAACUACCGCAACAACAACAAAAGCAGAAACAGCAAAAUCCACAAGCGUCAUCGAGUCCGUUCCACAAGGAAACUCGCGUUUCACCUGAGCGUGUGUGCGGUUUCGCGUGUGUGUGUGCCUGUGUCUAAUUUGCGUAUCCACUAGAGAAAAUUCGAAAAUUAAAAGAAUUCAAUAUCAAAUCGAGUAAAAUAUCCCCCCGCCGAGUUACGGGAGCUCCCCUUAUCGCGUUCACAAAUUGCAAUCAAAACAAAUCACUGCGAACCAUCCAAAUUGCAAUUAAUGCCAAAGCGCCUGCAUUUCGACCAUAAAAGACGUACGUGAACUGUGGUCAGUGGUCAGUGAUUAGAACUUUGUAACGCCAGCGAUAUGGACUUCCAGAGCGCCAUGGAGACCUUUGCCGAGGCUUGGGUGGCCGCCAAUGCCGGCCAGCAGAGUCAGGCUUUGGCUUUAACCAGAGCUGCCAAUGCGGCCGCCGUUGUGGCCGCUGCCAAUGCCAAAUCGCCGAAUGUCUCCUCCGCUUCGGCCAGCCUGGCCGAUCUGGCCGUCAAGAAGGAGCACUCACUGUCGCCGCCCCACAGCGUGGUGGGCGUGGCCGGGGAGGAUCAGCUGCGCAGGGCCUCGCUGCAGGGCGUCCAGGAGAAGCUCACCCAGCUGCAGAUGCAGCAGCAACACCACCAACAGCAGCAGCAGCAGCAGCAACAGCAACAGCAGCAGCAGCAACAUCAUCAUCAGCAGCAGCAACAUCAGCAGCAGCAGCAGCAGCAAUCGCAGCAGGUGGCGGGUGGCGGAGUGGGUGGUGAACUGGCUGGCCGAAGGUCUUCGGAGGGCACACCACCCACCAACCACCCAACGGCGAGUGUCGAGGGACAGGCGCUCUCCUCCUCCACCGCCUCAUCUAGUCAGAAUGCCACGCCCAAGAGCGAUCGCGAGCGGGAGAGGGAGAGAGAGAGGGAGCGGGAGAGGGAGGAGCGCGGGGAGCGGGGCAGCAUAUCCUCUCCCCCAGCCGCACUUGGAAUGGCCGUGGGUGUCCAGCAGGCCCAGCAGCAGGCGGAGAAGCUCCUCAGCCAUCCCGCCUUGGACUCGCGACGGGAGUUCGACGUCAGCAAAGUGAAUCCCAAAUCACUUCCACUCCAUUGUGUGGUGGAGUCGGUGCACUCGCUGCACGCCUCCCUCACCAUCGACAGUCGCCAGCCCUGGAAGAGGAGGCCCAACAUCGAGACGGACAGCUAUGUGAUCAUCGCCGCAGCCACGCCCUGGAGCGAAAUCGUCCAGACGGCCCUCCAGAGGCUGGGAUACUCCCAGGAGGUGGCCAACACAGCCAGAGGCUCUCUAAUAAUCAAACACUGGAAACCCAUUCCGCUAGAGCAAAUAUCAGACAACCCAGCGGUGCCCGUCAGCGAUAUUGUGGGCGAACUGACCUCGGUGAUCACUUUAAGGAUCGUGAUCCUUCGGCCGAAAACCUCUCCCUUUGGGGAAAUCAAGGAUAAACUACUGAAGCUGCUCGUUCUGCAGUCGCAUGCGGUGCUCCGCUCCACAGGAUGUCCUCUGGAUGAGGUGACGCUAUCCCAGAUCUGCCGUAGUUCCCAUCAGAAUACCUACGCUUUGCCUGGUGGCGAGAUCUCCGAUGAGCUGCGCCGCAAGUUCGACCAGUGGUGGUCCAACCAGCUCUCCCCCCAAGCGGCGGCCAUGGCGCCCAAGAUGCUGCCGUUCAUGACGGGACCUUCGGCGGUUCCCGUUCCGGUGGCGGUGCCCGGGGAGAUGGACUUCCCAGUGGGCACGGCGAUGGCGGCGGCGGCGGCUGCUGCGGCUCACGCUGCUGCCGCCGGAGGAGCAGCGGGUGGCAAUCCCCUGGGAUCGAUGGGCAGCCGGGAGAGCCUUUUGCUGGCCAACGAGGCGGCCCAUCAUCCGGGAGCAGGACAGGCUCCGGUGCCAGGACACCACGCCAACAUGCUGGUGCACCCGAUGCACGCCUCCAUGCACCACCAUCACCACCACGGCGGUGGUGGUGGCCAUGGACCGCCGUAUCCCAACCAGAAGACACGCAUGCGCACCAGUUUCGAUCCGGAGAUGGAGUUGCCCAAGCUGCAGAAGUGGUUCGCGGACAAUCCGCAUCCCUCGCGCCAGCAGAUCCAAACCUAUGUGGUGCAACUGAAUGCCUUGGAGUCCAGGAGGGGCAGAAAACCACUGGAUGUGAACAAUGUGGUUUACUGGUUCAAGAACGCUCGGGCGGCACAAAAGCGGGCGGAGAUGCGAGGCGGGAGUUUGGGGAGUGCGAUGAGUGCUUUGGGCCAUGCGGCCAUGAAUGGUUACUUGAGCCAACACGCUCCUUUGGGCCAGAACUCGAGCAGCAGUGCCGGCAGCCAGCCGAUGAGCAUGGGCAACCUCUCCAUGUCGCACGACUAUCUGAAGAGUCCGCUGAGUUUGAAGUCGGAGGACAUUGACACCAUGUCGCAGCACUCGGAGGACAUGGACGAGGAGCAGAGCAGGCCGAACACCCCGCAGUUACCCCUCUCCCUGACCACCCAUGAACGCCAUCGGAGUUCUCCCCUGAUGGACGAGGAUGAGGAGGAGGCGGGGGACCACCAGGGGCAGCAGCAGCAGCAGGAGUCCAAAAGCGAUGGCAUGAAUGGCAGCUUGAACGAGGAGGAUCGCCACGAGAAAUCGCAGGAUGAGUUGCAGGACAACGACAAGGAGAACUCCAGUGCGGAGGACCGCCACCAGGAUGCGGAUGUCCAGCUGGAGUCCAACUCCAACCUGAAUAACAACAACCACAACAACAGCAGUUCGCACAACGACCAGGAUGUCAGCUCCACGCCGAAGAGAUCGACUCCCAAGGAGGAGGACGACGACCUGGACAUGGACGAGGACGAGGAGGACAACGAGAACGAUGCCAGUCACCUGGAUGAGUUCAGAUCGCCUUCCCCUGAUUUAAAUAGUGGGGUAGUGCCGCACAAGGAUCAGCUGCCCUUUCCCAUGGUUCCCAACUCGAUGUUCUCGCAGUCCUUCAUGUACAUGAGCCACUACAUCCCGGCUUUUGGCCAGGCGGCCGCAGGACAUCCGCACCAUCAUGCCGCAGCAGCAGCAGCCGCAGCUGGAAUGCAGCCGAAUGCCUUGAUGGGCGGUGGAGGCCUCAACCUGUCGAGCAUCUCGAAUGAGGAGCGGCGGAAGCGGAACAGGACCUUCAUCGAUCCCGUGACAGAGGUGCCCAAGCUGGAGCAGUGGUUCGCCAUGAACACCCAUCCCUCGCACAACCUCAUCCUCAAGUACACCGAGGACCUGAACACCAUGCCAUAUAGGCAAAAGUUCCCGCGAUUGGAGAGCAAGAACGUGCAGUUCUGGUUCAAGAACCGGAGGGCCAAGUGCAAGCGGCUCAAGAUGUCCUUGUACGACAGCAACCAGUGCGCCCAACUCGGGGGCCUCGGCUCCUUUGUGCCCAAGUACGAGGAGCGGGAUUAGACAGGACGAAGGACCGGAGUUUGAAAUCAAAAUUAGCAGCAUUUUUUCUUGUAAAUAGUCAAACGAGACACACACACACACACACAAAACCCAAUUUAAGCAGCGGAAAUCUUGGGCUGCAGCUAUGACAAAUACUAUACCAUAUACGAUAGCUCAUAAACAUGUAAUCCCCUAGUUUAGUCAACUCUAAGUAUUAUAGAACGAGAACUAACCCAGUUACGCGUUACCAGUUGCCCAGGAGCAUCUAGCGAAAAUUAGAGCAAAUAGAUAAAGCCACUUUUGUGUAAUACAGAUCUUGCAUGAACCAGUAUGACUAAUUUAUAGAGAGAACCCUAAUCCUACCCAGUAUACAACUCUCUACUUCUAUUUCUACCUAGUUACUAGCCAUCGAUAUAUAUAGAAUGAAAGAUAAUUGAUCAUAAAGGCCAGCUCUUUAAGAAUAAGCAAACCAAAGAAAGCCAAUUUUCGAGAAACGUAGUCGUAAAAGCGAUCUGCGAUCUGUAUAUAAUGUAUGUUAUCCCUUUGUUUCGGCUUUAGUUGCAUUUGUAUCUGCAGACUAGGUUACCGUUUACGUUUACCUUUACCUUUAAGUUUAAGUUUGAGUUGAUAACCAGUACGUUUAGUUGACCCGCCUUAUUUCGAGAAAGAACCUUCCCCCGCCUAGCACAUAUCCCUUUCGAUCCAUGCACAUAUAGGAUGUAUAACAUACGAUUCGUUGCUUUCGAAGUCUUGGUAUCUAAUACCAACCCCCAAAAACCGGCGACCCAAUCGGAUUCGGUUCGGGUUUUAUACCUUUCGUUGCUAUCCACUCCACUGUGAGCGUUUCGAUGGGAACUCGUAACUAAAUCCACACACACUGAAAUAAAAUGUUUUAUAAAUUGUUCCACUAGUUUCGUAAGCCUUCGCAUAGAUAAUAAACUUAAUUCAAGUAAUAUUGUAAUUUAUUGCAAGCAUCGAUACGCCAACACACACCACCACAAACAAAA